GGAGGCAUCACAUCUUAACGACGUCGCUUUCAUCUCAUGUCAUGGGGCUUUACUUUGCUUUAGCAGUUGUCUCCGCGAAACUCGCCCAGGCGGAUUCAGCUUUAUUUGCAGUGCGAUCUCUCACAUCGAGAGGGAUUUUCUUCUCAAUCACACAGAUCUGUUUGGUUCCCGAGAAAAAAAAAAAAGAGAAAAUAACAAGAAGACGAAAACGAACGGAUUUUACCAGUCAAAAAAGAAAAUAAAAAAGAAGGCGAAGGGACUUGAGGAUCUUAAUUCAAGAGACAGAGCUGGACGGAAAGUGUUGUUGCCAACCAAGAAUUGUGGUGGAGGUACAAGAUGGAUGAUAGCUGCGCUGUUUGUGCGGAGGCACUACAAUGGGUUGCGUAUGGACCCUGCGGCCACCGGGAAGUCUGCUCAACCUGUGUCAUUCGACUCCGAUUCAUCUGCGAAGAUCAUCAUUGCUGCAUUUGCAAGAGCGAGUCUAGAAUCAUUUUUGUCACCAAGGCAUUAGGAGAUUAUACACGGAUGAUAAAUGACUUUGCAAUUUUUCCAGCUGAUCCAACGGAGGGUCAAGUUGGGACGUAUUGGUAUCAGGAAGGAACACAAGCAUAUUUUGAUGAUUUGGAUCGUUACAAGAUAAUAAAGGCCAUGUGCAGGUUGUCAUGUAGUGUUUGUGAUAAAACUAAUGAAAGGAGCAAAGUGUUCACAAGGAAAGGGGAGUUUAAGAAUGUUGAGCACCUGAGAAGCCAUUUGAUUCAUCGACAUGGGCUGUUAAUGUGCAGUUUGUGUCUGGAAAGUAGGAAGGUUUUCAUAUGUGAACAAAAUUUAUAUACUAAAGCACAAUUGGAUCAGCAUAUAAAGACAGGUGAUUCAGAAGUUGAUGGCAGUGAAACUGAAAGAGGAGGAUUUAAGGGACAUCCAGCGUGUGAAUUUUGCCAAAACCCUUUUUAUGGAGAAAAUGAGCUAUAUUGCCAUAUGUCAACCGAACAUUAUACAUGUCAUAUUUGCCAAAGGCAGCAUCCGGGACAGUAUGAAUACUACAAAAACUAUGAUGACUUGGAGAUCCAUUUUCGUCAAGCACACUUCUUGUGCGAGGAUGAGGCUUGCCUAGAAAAAAAAUUUGUUGUUUAUGCAACUGAAUCUGAAAUGAAGAGGCAUAACGUCAUGGAACAUGGAGGGCGGAUGUCUCGCUGCAAGCGUCUUACUUCUCUUCAGAUACCAAUAAGCUUUCACUAUAGACGAGGUGCUCAGCAAGAUCGUCACGGAAGAGGACGUAGAUUUCCUUCUGAUCGGACCGAAAUUCAACUUCCCCCGUCUAUCCAAGCUAGUCUUGAGACAGCCAAUGCAGAAAGUUCUCGCGGAACUUUAUCCAGUGCUGGAGCAGUUUCUAAUCAUAGAGAAACGAGUGAAUUUGAAUCAGUGGGCUCUUUUGAAGUAUUAGCAACUGUGGAUUCUGAGCCGUCUUCAAUAUCCUCUGAUGCUUUAAGGCAGAUCCCCAGGACUGCCCGACUGGAAGAUUCAUCCUUUCCUCCACUUCCUGCUGCUCCAAGCCGAGGUAAAAAGAAAAGAAAAAAUGCUUUUGGAGGAUUAGAUGGGAACUCUACAGCAAGUCUUCUUCAUCCUCAAAACAAUGCUGCUCUAUCCAUUCGUAAUAAUUCUCCAGCGUGGCUAGCAGCAAAUCGCCCGCCCAACUUGUUAGGAUGUAGUUCUCAGCAGCCAAGGCAUGUUUUGAAUUCUGGGCGUUUGUCAUCAUCUAGUUCUCCAAGUAUUCUCCAUAGUAGGUCCACAACAAGGAGUACGCAUUUAUCUCCCUCUUAUGAAAGCACUGUUUCAGUUAGUCUGGUCAAAUCUCAUGAACCUUCAUCAUCUGGCACGGGUAGCUCAUCAAGAAAUUCAACUACCAAAACUACAUUUACCCAUUCUGCUUCAUUACUGAACCUUACCGCCAGAGGGUUUUCUGGUAACUCUAUCUCUAGUUUCCCACCUGUUUCUGCUGUUCUAACUGCUAAAUCAGCUACAAGUAUCCUGACUCUGCUGAAGGCAGAAGAUGUUAAUUCUGCCAAUAAGUCUCUUGUGGUAAGAAUCCGCGUGGCUUUAGAAAAUGACGAAAAGAAAUACGCAGCAUUUAAAGAAAUAUCUUCAAAGUAUCGGCACGAUUUGAUCAAUACAGAAGAAUAUCUUGCCUGUGUUUGCCAGUUUGGCUUGUCUCAUCUUGUUCUUGAACUAGCAAGACUCUGUCCCGAUCCAGAGAAGCAAAAAGAGCUGGUUGAGACUUACAAUUUUAAUACAAGGGGCUGUGGUUCUCAUGUGAAUAACUUGGGGAAUGACAGUGGUCUAUCAAAGAACAUGAGAAGUUUGAAGAAAGGCAAGGAGAAAUGUCAAGAGAAUGAAAUCAGUGCUGCAAAGGAUGUUUUGGUAGAGAGUAUUAUUAGUAGCAUGAAGAAAUUGGAAUCAAAUUACAAGAGCCUUGUAGACCGUACGGAUGUUUUAUCAAAGGAUGACCCCCAUUCUGCAAAAGGAAAAUCAAAGAUUCUAGUUGAUGAUAAGCAGAGCCAGAAUGGUUCUCAAUCAAAUGGUGAUAGCUCCAAGAAAAAUUUGGGGAAUGGUGGAGCAGGCAACAAGCAUCAGAAGAAGACGUCUAAGUUCCUUAGAAACCGACUUGGUAGCGAUGCCGCAACAGUUAUAGAACAUGGUGGUUCCGAUGCUAGUUCUGAUAUGAACGAGGUAAAAAUAGAUGAGGAUAAGGAUCCGCCUGAAGGGUUGCCGGUUUGUGGAGUUUGGAAAAAUGGCGGUGGCCAGAGACUUAUGGCGAUGACCCAGAGAAACCAUAGAAAACGAUAAAUGUCACAUGAACAAAUUAAGUAGACGGUGUUUCAUUCUGUAAAUGAACUUACGACAAUCUAUGGUAGCUAUAGGUGGGUAUGUAGUUUGUGAUGGUUAGUUUAUAAUCCUUAGCAUGUAAUGUCAUGCUAUAACGUUUGUUUUUUUGACAGCCCCUUGUUACUCUUUUGAUAAUAGAACAUCCCCAGUAUGACUAUAGGCGAUAUGGAUCAUCCUUCAUGAUCUAUGGUCAUUCAUCAU